AUGCGACUAGGAGGAUUCUUUGUAAUAGAAGGUCACCCGGUGUGUUACAAUUUCUACUGGGAGUUUCAGAACAAGAAGUUGUAUAAUAAGACUUUUGCUAAUGAGGAGAAGAGAAUGAAGUUCCUAUGGUGGCGGAUUCAAUUCUUGGAGAGAAGUAUUAGGAAGCUUGAUUUCAGUCCUGGUGGAAUUUGCAUUAUCUUUCAG